CCUAACAACAAUGGCAAAGCUAUUCCAUUUCCUCCCUCUGCUAUUCCUCAACACCAUGAUCUUCUUCCAAACAAUCACUGCACAAACAGCAGCAGUGGCUCCAGCACCAGCAGGACCCCUCAACAUAACCAAAGUUCUAGAGAAAGCAGGCCAAUUCACAACCUUCAUUAAGCUACUCAAAACCACACAAGUAGCUGACCGCAUCAAUUCACAGCUUAACAACUCGAACCAAGGCCUUACAAUCUUUGCACCCCCUGAUAACGCCUUCUCAAGUCUAAAAGCAGGGACAAUCAACUCCAUUAGCACACAAGACCAACUACAACUUUUGCAGUUCCAUAUCUUACCCACUCUCUACACCAUGUCACAGUUCCAAACUGCUAGCAACCCUUUGCACACGCAGGCUGGGAACAGUGACGAUGGUGAGUACCCUUUGAAUGUUACCACCUCAGGGAACCAAGUGAAUGUAACAACUGGGGUGGUUGAUACAACUGUGUCCAACACUAUAUAUAGUGAUAACCAGCUUGCGGUGUAUCAGGUGGAUAAGGUGCUCCUUCCUUUGGCACUUUUUGGCCCAGCUCCGACCGCCGCACCGGCAGAGGCUCCGGCGCCGACCAAGCCGGAGAAAAAUGUCCGGGCUUCUGAUGCUCCGUCCGGGUCGUCGGAUUCAUCGGUUGAUGCUUCUGGUGCUGUGGGUCUGAAUAGCCAAACAGUUAAAGGUGUUACCUUUACUGUUGGAGUUGUGUUCAUGAUUGUUUCUUGUUUGUGGAUGUAAGUCUUGAUAUUGUUCAAUUUUCUUCACUUUUAUUUCCUUCUUAUUUUUCCCUCCUCGAGCGAGUUUGAGUUUGUUGAUGAUGCAGAUUUUGUGUACUGUUGU